AUGUCAGCAGCCGCCAUAGGAGUCGAAAACAGAUGUUUAAUGAAAAACCAGAAAAACAAUAACGGCACACGUGAUAGUAUCAAUGUAGACAUAAAUCAUAUUAUAAAAGAUAUAUACGGAUUUAAGCAUGGCAGGAAGAGAAACGUCCAGUUUAUUAACGACGACACUUUGUUGAAUAGCCAAGACAUGAAGAAAAUCAUAAAGAGAAUAAAAAUUCAAGACAGCUGUGGGAGUAGCUAUACGGGUCAUCAUGGACCCUGUGACCGUGAGAGUAAAGAGGAGGAAGAUUCAUUGACGUUAGCUCCACACGAUGCCACUUGCAGCAAUAGUCAGGACGCUGUUAAGAUUGGUUCGGUGGUCGACUCGGAUAGAGGAUCGGACAGUGGCUUGGAAAGAGCGUCGGACAGCGGUUUGGAUAGAGCAUCAGACAGCGGCUUCGACAGAGUAUCGGACGACGGCUUGGAUAACAGCAUCCUCCAUACCAGCCCACGCGACUGCAACAGUAACAGCUACAUACGAAAUCGCGACAAGCGCAAAGGCCCCCAAGAAUAUGAAAACUUCUGCGAAAACAGCCACAUUGUAAAAAGACAGGCCAGUAGCAACAAUCCGGUUAGAAGUAACUCCACAACGGAAUCGCUAGAUCAUCGAGAAGAAAACAGAACAGCUCUGUCCAAGCACUUCGAACUCUGCAUCGAUAACGUCCUAGAGCAUAUCCGCUCCUGUAACGAAAUUACUCAAGCGAAGAAAAUUAUGAUUCCCCUGCUAAGUGAAUUUAUAUUAACAAAUUUUAUCUGUCUGGAUGAUCAUGAGAGGGUUCAAAAUGGAUACAAAAUAAAUAUCGACACUUUGCAGAAGGAGAAAAAAGUUCUAAUAAGUGCUGUAAAAACACAGUAUCAAAAAAUUAUACAGUUGCAAAAAUUGGUGGAUAGCCAAAAAUGUGAAAUAAAAAAAAAAAGCGAUGAGCUGAAUCAGAUAAAAGCCAAGGUGCAUCAGUACUUUUACGACAUUAACAAUCCUAACAAAAGAAUUUUCUCUAUAUUGUCCCCAGACGUGUACUAG